AAGAAAAAGUACAAGAACAGUUACAAUCAAUACUAGAGUGAAAGAAAAUCCUGUUGAUGACCACCUUAAUAGUAAAACACAUAAAGCUAAUAAACAAUAUCAACAGGUCGCAACAAGUUUUUUUAAUUUGGAUUCAAUAAUUAUCAAUUGUCAUUUUCGCCCAAAUGAGUUUUAUCCUAUUUUCCAAAAAGCAUUUGAAGUGGCUCAUGAAAAGUUUGCAGCACAUAUUCCUUCUCAUCCUGGACAUCCUCUUUUUCAUGCAUGUCAAUUUUUUGAUCCAAAAUUUAUUUGUUCUA